AUGAUUGAGUACAUGAAGGCUGUCAAAAAGAUCAAAGACUCCGUAUUGUAUUCAUUACCUGAUUAUAUGAAAGUAACAGCGUCACUUCAAAUUCGCGAAAUGAAUUCCAAUUUAAAACAAAUAAAAUACGGUUUCGAUGAAAGACUUUUCAGUGGUCAGUACGAUGCGAAAAAUACUAUGGAUCAAUUAGCUGAUACAAAUUAUAAAUUUUCUGAUUUUAAAACAGAUCAUUUGACGGCACUUAGCGAAGUCGACAUAAAUUUUCAGUUUAUCUUUAUGACGCUUUUGGUGUUGUUCUUGAUUACAGUUAUCAUAAUUAUGAACAAUAAAUUUAACGUGAUCGAAGGAAUCAUGGACAUUGUGAGCAUGUCACUGGGCAUGGGGAUAAUAUCUCCAAUAGGACGUCUCUCGAUGAAGAUCAUUUAUUUUUUCGGUUUUUUAUUCAUUUUUGUGGUGAUGCCCGAAUUCCAAGGACAAAUCUCGGCCAUUCUAUCUCAACCUGCAAGACGCAAUGUCGAAACCCUACAGGACUUAUUUGACAACAAGUACCAUGUAUUUUAUAAUGGGUUAUUACAAAAUGACAUGAUUAAUAAACAAUUGUGGGUGACCGAAGAGGACCAGAAAUACUUGCAUCCAUCGGGUUCUCUUGAUCUGGAAAAAUGUGCUCCAGAAGCCCAACAAAAUUCGACCAUCGCUUGUAUUGACUUGACUUUAAACCAACUCCUCUACGCCUUAAAGCUUCAAAAUCUGUAUGUAUCAAAGGAAAUCACGUUCAAGAAAUAUUAUGUGUUUUGGACAAGGAAGAACUGGGCGCUGAAGGACAAAAUUGAUAAAGUUCGUUCAAUACCGAUGGAAUUGAUUGAUAAAUGUUUUGCAAAUAGUUCUAACCCACUUAUGAUAUCUUCUGACUUCGUUGAAGACCAAGUGGCAAGUAGGAGUAUUGAUAAUGGCAGUCCGCUGAUAGUCAUAAAUGGUGAUCAAAGAUGGAAGCAAUUCGGAGGAUAUCUUCCCAGCUAUCCUACUUACAUCGUCAGAUUUGAAUCUAUGAAAAAACUGGCACCACUUAUCUUUGGGAUCAUGAAGUCAACAAUCUGGGACAUAAAGUCACCAAUUUUCAUUCUCGACAUUUCUAAAGGGACGCAUGAUAGAAGGGCUCAUAACAUUCUUUCAUUCCUUAAAAAUUUCGAUAUUUUAGUAUCAUACUAUGUGUGUUAUGAUGACAAAAAAGAUUCAACCAUGGUCUACACUCUGAACCCUUACACGCGAUACGCUCCGUCACCGUGGAAUCAAGUUAAAUUUGCAAAUGACAAUGGCAAUAAUCAAACAAAAAUGACACUCUACAGUCUGCAAUAUCCAAAAGAUUUGAAGAACAACUAUAAAAAUAUCUAUUUUGAUAAAACGGAGCACUUAGAUGGUCAUAAAAUAAAAUUAAUGGUCCCUGUCAUUGAAAAAAAUUUACCUAAACAGUCCAAGCAAAGACAUAUUAUUGAGUACAUGAAAGUUGUUAAAAAGAUUAAAGACUACCUAUUUGAAGAGAUAGAGAAAAAACAAUGGAAAAAGAUAGAGAAAAUAGAGAAAAUUAAAGAAGCUGAAAAUUAUGAACGGACCGACUUUGAUAACUUGGUCUUUUAUGUAAUUGUAUUUGGAGCUAGUUUGCUGUGGAGCUUGGUCAUUUUUGGAAUUGAACUUAUGGUCUACCGCAUUCACUGUAAAUAUCAAAGACGGGAAAAGGAGCGACGACAGUUCAUUGAGAGAUUGAGAGCACAACCACGGAUUAUUUUACCCCGGAUGGAAUUGAUUGAUAGAAGUUUUGCAAAUAAUUCUAACCCACUGAUAAUAUCUUCCGACUUAGUUGAUGACCAAGUGGCAAGUAGGAGUAUUGAUAAUGGAAGUCCGUUAAUUGUCAUAAACGGUGAUCAGAGACGGAAUCCAAUCGAAGGGUUUCUUCCCAGCUAUCCUACGUACAUCCUCAAACUUGAAUCUUCGGAGAAACUGGUACCACUCAUCAUUGGGUUCAUGGAGUCAACAAUCUGGAAUAUAAAGUCGCCAAUUUUUAUUGUUGACAUUUCUGAAGGGACGCAUGAUGUAAACGCUUCUGUGGUUCUCGCAUCACUUGCUGGAAGAUUCGAUAUUUUAGUGACAUACUAUGUGUGUUAUGAUGACAAAAAAGAUUCAACCAUGGUCUACACUCUGAACCCUUACACGCAAUAUGCUCCGUCACCGUGGAAUCAAGUUAAAUUUGCAAAUGACAAUGGCAAUAAUCAAACAAAAAUGACACUCUACAGUCUGCAAUAUCCAAAAGAUUUAAAUGACAACAAUAAAAAUAUUUAUUUUGAUAAAACUGAGCAGUUAGAUGGUCAUGAAAUAAAAUUACUGGUCCCUCUCUUUGAUCAAAAUUUACCUGAAAAGUACAAGCCGUGACAUAUGAUU